AUGACUAGUCUUCAUCAGGGAGCUUCUCCCAGAAAGUCCUUGUUUAGUUUUGGAGAUGACGAUCAAGAUGAGGAUGACCAGCUCAUCAAAUCUGUCCAACCCUUGCCACGCCAAGCUGUAGAGCGAUCAGAAUUUACAGCUGUCGAAUUUAAUCCCGAUCGAUUCCUUUCAAGCAGACGUCAUUUAGGAUUAGAAAGGCUCAAAUCUGAACUCAAUAGUCAUCUUAGACUUUUGAAAACUGAACUGAUUGAGCUUCUUAACCGGGAUUAUCAAGAUUUUAUUAACCUUUCGACCAAUCUCAAAGGAGUUGACAGAGCAAUGGAUGACUUGAUGAGACCAUUGACACGCAUGGAGACUCAGGUCAAGACUGCCAGUGUACAUUUUCAAGAAGUCAUUGAUGCCCUGGAAGAACAAUUAAAUCAGAGAGCCCAUGUUCGAGACAAAAAGGCUUGCUUAAAGCUAUUGCUGAAUAUCCACGACUCGGUUACCAAGGUGGAGAGUUUAUUGGAAAUUAAUGUGGAUACUACAAAAUCAUCCGUGAUUACCCCAGCUGUUGUUGAUUCUGAAGGUUCAGAUGUGUCUAUGGAUAUUGGAUCAGGAAAGCAGAUUGAGCGUGUGGCUAUCGAAUUCAACCAGAUGCAACAUCUCGUUGGCCGAGGCAAGGACCUUCCAUUUGUGACCGAGAAUGCAUGGCGCAUCACUCGCAUCAAAGACACGCUGCAGUCCAAAUUAUCAAAGACCCUCUCUGCUGCACUUCGACAGCUAAAGGAUCAUUCAGCCGACAAGACAGCGCAUCAAAGCCUUGUGCAAUGCCUGCGUACAUAUGCACUUAUUGAUCAGGUCCAAGUCGCAGAGAAUUUGAUCAGACAAGAACUCGUGCGCCCAUUCCUGUCAAAGGUUAUUACCAAGAAAGCACUUGAUGCACAUCGUACUAGUCGAUCUUCAGAUCCCUCAGCAACAGCACCAGCACACCCUCUUACGACUAUGUAUGGCAAUAUCCUGACAUUUGCUUCGACAGAUCUUCAACCGAUCAUAGAAAUCACUCAAAAAACGCUCAGGGGAACAAACUAUGAAGUAUUGGUGAAUUCUUUGUGGGUAGAAGUAGUAGAGAGAAUACAUCUGGAAUGCACAAGUAUUUAUGCUGCUGGCCAAACGGAUGUAUUUCACAAGUGUUAUUCAGCAUCGAUCUCGUUUAUAAUGAGCAUCGAGGCCUUGUGUACUUGCAAAAAAUCUUUAUUCUAUUUAAGAAGCCAUCCCAGCUACACAGAGUUUAUGAAGCGGUGGCAGCUGCCUGUAUAUUUCCAAUUGAGAUUUAGAGAAAUUGUCAAUACAGUGGAAGAACUUUUAAUUGAUCAACAAGCAAGUGUUGCAACUCGACAGCUGGUAACAGAGAAUGGACUUGCUUUACCUGGAUCAAAAGCAGUGUUCAAAGCAAUAGAACAAUGUUGGUCGGAUCAGAUCUUUCUCUAUGGUCUUUCCCAUCGUUUCUGGAAAUUGACAAUACAGUUACUUCGACGAUACACACUGUGGGCUUCUGGUUUUAUAGACUUGGCUCGAGAUACCUUGGCUGAGAAGGAAAAGACAAAUUUCUACCCAGCCAUCAAUCCUUCUUCAAGACCCAGUACUCCACGUCCAGGAACACCGGCUAGCAAUGCCCAUGAUACGGGUGUAAUUGAAGAAGCUACGAGACUAAAGCAGCUCACGGUACUUGAGAAUGAUGUCGAAACUCUGGUUAACAAGACAACCACUCUUUUGAACGAAGUUAUGAUUCCAAAGCUUCCGAAUACCAUUCUCCCAAAUAUUCUUCGAGAGAGUAUGAAUGAGAUAAUACAUACACUUGAGAAAUCUACUAUCGAGGAACUCAAUAAACGUAUCACAGACAUUAUCAGCCGGCGAUGCAUGGAGUCCGUUAAUUUAGUCAAAAGCAUCACAAGCCAAUAUCGUCACACUAACAAGCCAGUACCCAUCGAACCUUCAUACUUUAUUCCCAAUUUCUUCAAACCAUUCAAGACUUUUGUUGACCAAAAUAAAGCUUGGAUUAAUCCCGAAAAGCAAGCAGUGUGGGCCAAAGUAGUAUUUUCGGCUGUAUUGAUUCGAUACACAAGUGUAAUGUCAGAAAUGUUGACAAAUCUCCAAAAGACAGAGGAUUCUUUACGAAAGUUGAAGAAGAGUAAGAAGAGUACUGUAUCCUCGGUGCAAGGAGACCCUUUGGGAGACAAUACUGUAACGGACGAGAACAAGAUAAGGCUUCAGCUAUUAAUAGAUGCUCGUCAAAUCGGAAAAGAGCUAUGCCUAAUGGGGAUAGAUAAAGCAGAAUUCAAACCAUACUCAUCUUUACUUGAUGCCGUUCAACCAUUUGAAUGCCUCGAGUAAUUAAAGGCUAUGCGUUGAAAAUCGAUUGGUUGAUCAAUUGAUUGGUUGGUUGAAUAAUGGAGUCAAGACAUUAGGACAAGACAGCAAAAGAAAGAUUGAAAAAGAAAAAGAAAAAGAAAACAAGCAUUUAUACGUAUAAUUGUAUUAGUCAUUUUUAUGACUAUGUUACUAUGUAUCCCAAUCUUUAGACAAAAAUACAAUAAAUAAAAUAGUUCUACUAGAGUUCUGUGGUUGUCAUAAUAGGUAAUUUGUUGUCUUUCUUGACAAACCAAAGGUACAUUUCACCAAUGGACUCUAAGCUCUCGAGAUAUGGCUCGAUCAAAUGUUCGGGAAGAGGAAUGAACUCUGUCACGACCUGGUCCUUGGCUUCUAACUCGGCCUCAAACUCAUCGCCCUCAAGACCCUUGCCAUCAAAAUCCCAAGCCUUGAGACGGUAUACUGCUCGGUUGUCACCAACCCCGCCAUUGCGAUAAUCUACUCCGUGCUGGACCAUCCAGUUAACAGUAGCUUCCCAACCGAUAGCAGGCAAAAGAUAGAUAUCCAAAUUCCACUCCUGAACUGCUCGCAACAAUAUCUUCUUGGCCUGAGCCAGUGUAACGGCUCUCUUUUCGGCCAGAGACAUUGUCUCACCAUCCUCAAUAGUAACAUCCCAUCGACUAGGAGGGCCGAAUUCAAGGACAGUGUGUUCUACGAGUCCAGCCUCGUAAAGACCGGAUGCUGAUUCAAGGGCAGGAAGUUCGAAGCCUUCGACAUCGAUCUUGAGAAAGUGGAUUGGCUGCUUGAAGGCCAGAGUCUUGUCGAGCAUGGUUCCGUUGGGUUCCUUGUUGUUCUUCUCGAGGGCAGCAGCGUAGUCCUGGCCGAAAUCAUUGGGUGUUCGGAGUGAAAGUAGCUUAUUAGAGUUUGUGUCAAACAAACGGUUGAAGGAAGGUAUGGAAUCCACACGGAUUGUCUGGG